AUGUCGUGGGCGGGAUUCAAGAAGAAUGUGAAUCGCGCGACGACGCAGGUGAUGAUGAAGACGGGGCAUGUGGAGAAGACGAACGAUCGUGACUAUGAGCUGGAGGAGAGACGAUUCAAAACGAUGGAGGCGGCGUCCUUACGACUUCAAAAGGAGGCAAAGGGUUAUUUGGAUUCACUUCGAGCCAUGACUGCGUCUCAAAUGCGGAUAGCGGAAACGAUCGAUGCCUUUUACGGAGAUUCUGGCGCUAGAGAUGGUGUCAGUAGAAGCUAUAAACAAGCUGUUGAGGACCUUGAUUCCGAAACAAUCAAGGCAUUGGAUGGCCCAUACCGAACCACCGUGCUAGACCCCAUCAACCGAUUCUGCUCGUAUUUCCCGGACAUCAACGAGUGUAUCAAAAAGAGAUCCCACAAACUGUUGGACUACGAUGCCCUUCGAGCAAAGGUGAAGCGACUUGUCGAAAAGCCUGACAAGGACGCGACAAAGCUACCCCGAACAGAGAAGGAGCUCGAAAUGGCCAAGCUUGCUUACGAGCAACUCAACGAACAACUUUUUUCAGAACUACCCCAAUUGAUCGACUUGCGAGUGCCAUAUCUAGAUCCAACUUUCGAAGCACUGGUCAAAAUUCAGCUGAGAUUCUGCGCCGAGGCAUACUCCCGAAUGGCGCAAGUGCAACAGUAUCUAGACGCAGACACAAGAGACUUAUACGCAGAAGGGCAUUUGGAUGCUAGAGUAGAGCAAGUUUUGCAAGAGAUUCGGGAACUCAGUAUCAGCGGAACAGUAUAG